AUGAAGGGCAGGGGCUUUGGAGCAUUAUUCGUCGAAAACUCGAUUUACGCACAACCAACCAAUGCGGCUUUAUUAAAGAUACAGUCAACCACACUCAUAGACCAAUUCAUUGCUCCAGCCCAAGCUUUGCUCGCCUCGCUGCGUCGCAGCUUUCUUCUUAUCCCCAGAAUGGAGGGAACGAAGUUUGAAGAAGAACUGAAGAAAAAUGCGGCGCGUCUUGCCAGGCGUGGACGGGGAAUCCUCGCAGCAGACGAGAGCGUCGGUACGAUCGGAAAGCGGCUGAUUGGGCUCGGACUUGAGAACAUCGAGGAGAACCGUCGCGCAUUUCGAGAGAUUUUGAUAUGCGCACCCGGUAACGAGGAUGCCUUUUCAGGUGUCAUUCUCUUCCAUGAGACUGUUUACCAAAGCGACAGCAGUGGCAGGAGAUUUAUGGAUAUCCUCGCUGAGAAAGGUAUCCUCCCGGGUGUCAAGGUUGAUACAGGGCUCAAGCCAGUUAACGAUUCACCAGGUGAGACCUUCACAUCCGGUCUUGAUGGGCUUGAUGAAAGAUGCAGAGAGUAUUACAAACAAGGUGCACGAUUUGCAAAAUGGCGUUCUGCUUUGAGAAUCGACAUGGGCAAGCGUCUUCCCACCGACGCUGUCAUCAAUGAAAACGCCGAGACACUUGCAAGAUAUGCUCGAGUGGCACAGGGCGAAGGCCUCGUGCCUAUUGUGGAGCCAGAAAUUUUGAUCGAUGGCGCACACUCGCAGCAGGUCUCUGCUGACGUCGCGAGAAGAGUGAUUGCGAAAUGCUACGAAGCACUCAGAAAAGAGAGUGUCAUGUUGGAAGGGACGUUGCUAAAACCCAUGAUGAUCAUGCCGGGCGUCUCCAGCCCUGAGCGGGAACCCAUAUCGCCGCUGCAAGUGGCAAACUUCACAUGGCAGGUCAUGUCUGAGGUCGUCCCUAAGGAAGUGGCGGGAAUAAUGUUCCUAUCUGGUGGUAUGAACGAGCUCCAGGCGACUGAGAAUUUGAACGCGCUUAACAAGCUGAGUGAUUCAAAGGGGGGAGCUCCAUGGUCCUUGUCGUUUUCGUAUGGCCGAGCUUUGCAAACUUCGCCUUUAAAUGUAUGGGCAGGGAAGAAAGAAAAUGUAAGAGAAGCCAAGAAAGUUGCGGCGGGGCUCGCACUAGCUAACGCCAGGGCACAGAUGGGCAAGUUUGAGGGCCAGCAUCCCUCUCAAAUGACUGGGACAACUUUUGCCGUGCUCCCGCCGGCUGACCUCCUGUAA